CUUCCAAUCCAUCGAUCCCCGCCGUCUCCCCUUCCGCAAUCCACCACCGAGCUUCCGCCCCCCAACUCCCGAUUCCUCGGCCCCCAUGGCUGCGCCGCGCCCAUGGGCGGACCUCCCCACCGACAUCGUGCUCGAGAUCUUCCGCCGCGUCCCCUGCGCGAUCGACCGCGUCAACAUGGCCACCGCCUGCCACUCGUGGCUCGCGGAGCUCGCGGACGCCCCGGCGGCGCCACCCCAGCUCCCGUCGCUCCUCCUCCCGUCCGCCGACGUGACGGGCGUCUACUGCUACCUCAGCGGCCGCCGCGACCACAACAAGUUCACGGCCCUCACGGGGCCCCGCCACUUCGGCUCGUACGACGGCUCAUGGUCCUUCCUCGCCUACGGCCAGACCCACGGGCACCGGCUGCUCAACAUCCGCACCGGAGAGUCACACGCCGUCCCCGACGUGCUGGAGGAUGACCACGACGACCAAAUCCACAGCAUGGUCAUCCUCGCCGCCACCCUCUCGUUCCCACCGGAUCGCCUGAACUGCGUCGCCGCCGGCAUCGUCACCUAUCAGCCGGACGCCGACGCGCCGCGCCGGCGCCACUUCGCGUUCUGGCGCCUGAGGGGUGAGGUGGCAUCCUGCAAUGUCGUGCCUGACCCGCUAGUUGGGCACGGGUUGGAACUGGAGGACGUCGUCUACCACAAUGACUCCUUCCAUUUCCUCAGCCAAGGCGAAGACAUCCUCGAGUGCACGCUGUUCUUGGAUGGAGAUGGGGCUGUCCUGGGAGUAGUGGCGGAUUUAAUCCGCUUCCAGAACGCGGGGCGCAGCCGCAGCUACGCCGAGUUCGUCCGCGCUCGCUACCUCGUGGCGUCCCGCGGGGAACUGCUGAUGGUCGUCAGGUUCGCUCCCAAUCCUCACGCACCGACAUCGUCGUUCAAGGUGUUCCGGAUGCUCCAACAGCAGAUGCCAAAAGAUGACAAGGAGGAGGAGGAUGUUGAUGAGUACCCCCGGUGCUGGAGCGAGCUGGACACGCUGGGUGGCCGGAUGCUGUUCGUGGGGCGAGCCUGCUCCAGAUCCUACGAGGUGGAUCAGUACCCGGGGUUCAAGGACGGCGUCUACUUCUUGGAUGAUGGGUGCUUCUACGACGAUGAGAUGAUGUUCCGAGGUGUCAAUGAGAGGCAGUACCCCUGCAACGACAUCGGCAAGUGGUCGGAAGGGCCACCUCCCCAUGUAGACGGCUACUUCCCGGAGCAGGGCCCUUCGCACAACUCUCCUCCGGCUUGGCUUCUCCCUUGAGACGGCAGGUUUUUUGGCUACGAACCUCCACCACCAUUUGAGUUUGUGAUGUUUGAGUGCCAUAGAUGAUGUGUGGGUUUGUCUCGAGAUGAUUCUCUCUUGAUGUCUGAAUGCCUAGCGUUGCUGUUAAAAUGUACUUUGUGGUAAUCCGAUCUGAAAAUGUUUGUGAUAGUGCUUUGAU